GCUACAAUAGUUGAAUGAUAUUGGUGCCUUUUACAACUCAUUAUAUUUGAGACAAUUAUAAAUCGACCAUGGGUUCGAAUAGGAGGAAAAAUACAACAUCACAGCAAGCGAGAGAACCUGUUGAUGUAGAACGAUUGUGGCACAUUUGGAACGUGAAUGGACCUGACUUGUCGUUGUCGUGCGAGAUUUGUUCUUUGCUGAAAGAAAACGAGCUGCUUUACGAGUUGGAUAUUUUCCUAAGGAACUUGCCUCUUGAAGAAGAGUACUUGGUGAACGAGACUCUUAAUAGAGCGAGAGUAAAAGUCGCAUUUUCGAGAGGGGACUUCGAGUCUGUAUACAGUAUACUGCAGAAUAACUACUUUUCCAGUACAGAAGACUUGGUAGAGUUGUGGGAUUUAUGUCAUUAUAGAGAAGAAGAAAACAGGAGACAGAAACCGCUCACUCCACUCAUAAGGUUUCGAAUCAGGCAAAGGUUUAUGCCCCCCGUAACUAUUUUACCGUCAGGGAGACGGAAAAAAGCGUCUUUGCCUAAAGAAUCCACAGAUAAACUGCGAGUGUGGUUCAAUGCAAACAAAGAACAUCCCUACCCAAACCGAGACACGAAAAUCAUGUUGGCAGAACAAACUGCGCUUACUAAGUUCCAGGUGAGCACUUGGUUUGCUAAUUCUCGACGCAGACUUCACGGUAAAAUGAAAGAUAAAUCACGAGGUUCUACCAGAGCUAAAACAAAACCCAGGCAAACCAGGAAUAAGGCUACUGUUGUCGUCCAUUCAUCGCUGAGCCAUCCUGAUCAAGAAAAUAUUGAAACCAUGCAAGUACCUACGACUAGCUCAACUACGGCUAUGAAAUGGUCGCCUAGUAACCAAUAUAGCAAUUCAUACUGGCGUUGUGAUUGUGGGUUUAAUGCACACGACAAUGGGCUGUCAAUAUUAUUUCAUAAAGUCAACAAAUGUUUGACGAAACCCUUUGACUGUGCCGAAGAUUUUCGAAUGAAAGACGAGGACUUGCCGAGAAACAUAGAUUCGAUGUAUGAAGAACUGAACCAUUACCCCGCAUUACCGCAUUUUUCUGGCUCAACGCAUACCAUUACGUCAUCUGUUGGAAGUCCUCGUAUGACAUUAGAAUCACGUGGUCACGAAUCCACCAAUCAAGAUGCUGCUCAAAUACUGGUUAAUCUAUCAAGCAAGUUUUACAAUUGAUUGGUGAUUAGACUUUAAGAGAUUGAGCCUUUUAAUAGCUUCGAGAUUCUCACGUUCGAGACUUUUGCUAACUAGUGCAAUGCGGGUUUCUAUUUUUCUAUUCUGUUAUGUUAUGAUAAUGAGUGCCCUUGCCUAUCAGUUUAGGUUUGUCAUUAAAUAUUUGAUACUUUUGAAGAUCAGUUCAUCGUACUUGAUGUACCAUGAUUUGUAGACAACAAGUCAGUC